AUGAAUUCUCAAAAUUCUCAAAAAUCCUCUUCCUUCGACGAUUUUGCUGGCCAAGUAGUGAUCUACACAGAAAUUGGAAAUUCGAAAUGUGCAAAGGGACGAGAUCUUCUACAUCGAGAGGGCAUUCCAUACACAGAUGUUUCUCUUGAUUCAUUUCCUCAGCAUUCACAAGAAAUAUUCGAUAGAACGGGAACCGACGUGCUUCCACAAAUAUUCUUCAACAACAUCUAUAUUGGUCACGAAACGGACCUGGAGAGAGUGAUCGGUGAGACCAACAAGUGGGAGAGCCUCGUCGAGCACGUUCGCCGCGAAAAGUGCACCAACGGCGGACCGAUAGUUCCACACCCGAUGAACGCCAUCGGUUUCGAGGAAUACGAGACCGAGAACAACAAUAAAUGUUGUGAUGAGGUGUUGUGGGUUCCCGACGAGUACAGCAAACUGGUUCGAGACAUGAAGAAUGCGCAACUCAUCAAAAAUAAUCGCGUCAAAUUAAAAGUGUAUCGAAACUCGUUCAAAGGCGAGGAGCUUGUCGAGUGGCUCAUGCGGCAGAAAGGAAUAAAACGGAGCGAAGCGCUCGAAAUCGGCCAAGAAUUAAUCGAUCGGCACGUUGGACAACAAACGUCGAAGGAGUCUGGCAUGACAUUCAGCCCGGACAGGUACUAUCAACUGGUCGAAGAUGACGAAAACAAGCCACUGAAUGCAGGGGAAGAUGAUGGGGACAAAAAACAGAGUUUUCCGGUAGCAGAGUGUAAUGAGAAAUUCAGCAAGCUGCUCAAGCCGAUCUUCAAUGAUAUUCUCACAGAUGACAAUCAGUCCAUCAUCUACGGCGGACUAUCCACAAAUGACAAUUUCACUCGAUAUCUUCAAUUUUCCCGAGAACUGAACCAUGUAACAUUCGAAGGAUCCACCUCUGAUGACCGUCUAACAUUUUUCAUUAACGUCUACAAUAUGAUGCUGAUUCAUAUUACACUAAAACACGGUCCGCCAAUCGGUAUUUGGCAGAGACGGAAGCUUGUGAAUGGAACAUAUUACUUGAUUGGUGGCCAUCGGUAUGCGUUACAUUCUAUUAUAAAUGGUAUUCUUCGUGGAAACAAGAAAGGUCCCGGAAUGUUAUGGAAAGCGUUCGGGAAACAAGAUGCAAGACUUCCAAUCUCUUUAGCUGUCUGUGAUCCGUUGAUCUACUUCUCGCUGUGUUCAGGAUCGAAGACGACACCUCCAUUAAGAGUUUAUCAUUCGAAGUCUAUCCACCAAGAAAUGCGUGAAAACGCCCGUCAAACCCUGCUCAGAGGCGACAAGUUCCUGCGAGUCGAUAUGAAGAAAAAUGUGAUCCACUUGGGAAAAACGUUCAAAUGGUUUUCCGACGAUUUCGGUGGAUCAACCGAGAAGAUCCUCCAAUGGAUUCUAGACGUGUUGGAUACGAAUGAAAGUGACAAAAAACACAAUUUACAAAAACUUUUCUUCACGGGAGAGUAUUCUAUCGAGUAUAUUCCAUAUGAUUGGUCGACGAAUGGGCGAAUGGAUGAGAAGGAACGAGAAGAUAUUGAUGGUGGUGGUGGUGGAGGUGGAGAUGUACGGAGAACAAAAACUAUUGAAUGACAUAAAUCUAUGACAUAAUUUGAUUAACUUGUACAUAUCGAUUUCUUAUUUGGAUAUUAAAAUGUUGUGU